AUGACCGAACCAAAAGUGAUAGCACGUGACGCAAGUGUCAUAUCACAAAUACGACCGUAUCUUCAUUUAAGUGGAAUUGCACCAUUAACGCCAACCAAUUUGAGAACUUUCACGUGCAUAAUAAACUGUGUAGCUGGAUUGCGUCAUAUAGCACCACCACAUCUGACUGUUUUGCAUAUUCCCAUUGAAGACGAUGAACAAACUGAUUUGAGUCCUUAUUGGCAGUUAGUCUUUCAAACGAUCGAGGAGCACAAACGAAUCGGUGGCAAAGUAUUGAUAUUUUGUGGGAUGGGAAUAUCAAGAUCGGCAUCAUUCGUUGUUGCAUAUUUGAUGUGUAUUGAAAAAAUGUCACUGCAUGAUGCUUAUAAACAUGUGCAACAAGUUCGUAACAUUAUUUGUCCUAAUGUUGGUUUUUUCAAACAGAUGAUUGAAUUAGAAGAAAAGCUGUACAAUAAAGCAACAGUGAAGAUAAUAAAACCUAUACGUGGCAUUGAAGUUGCUGACGUAGUGUGGAAUGAAUUAUAUGAGGAACUGAUCGGUGAAAACCAUGAGAAUGUGAAGACGAAAUGA